UUCCCGUCCAAAUCAAGAUGGCUGCGCCUGGCACCGGCCCGUCACGCCGUUUAGUGCAGUAUGUUGUAGUGCGCUCGGAUUUGGUUCAUACGUUGGCAUGGCCUUUGGGAGCAGUUAUCACGCAAGCUUGCCACGCCGCCACCGCUGCUAUUCACCUAUUUUACGAGGACCCAGACACCCAGGAGUACUUGUCAGAGCUGGACAGCAUGCACAAAGUGGUGCUGGAGGCUCCGGACGUGGCGUCUCUCUCCGGCCUGUCAGAAACACUUCGUGAGAAGGGCGUAGCUCACAAGCUGUGGGUUGAGCAGCCAGAGAACGUACCCACAUGUCUCGCCCUGAAGCCUUACCCAAAAGAGGCAGUGCAUCCUCUCCUGCGAAAGUUCAAACUUUUCAAGUGAUUAAAGGAAAGUGAAAUCUUUCACGCGAUGUGGACUUGCACUGGACAUCUAUACAGCUAAGCCAACUGUUCUACAUUGAAAGCAUUCUGCAGGCUUACCUCUUGGACAUAAAAAAAGGCUAUUGAAGAGGAUUAUGAAAAUUAUGAAACACAUUUAUUCGCUAUUUUUCCGUGCUUGAUUUGGAAAAAUAAGCAAAAACAUCAGACCAGCACAAAGAUUCGGUAAUGAUGCCAUGUUCUGUACUGUAUUUUAGCAUACAUAAGUUGCUGUGUUUUGUUGGUCUGGUAUAUCUGGGGUGGUAAAAAUGUGAUGUUGAAGCAGGUGCUUUUAUAUUCAAGCGCAAUAAAAAGAGGUAACAUCAA